AUGUUACAAAGACCGGAAAAGUGCAUGUUUUUGGGUGUAGACUUUGGAGCUUGUACGUCACGCAUUGCCUUACUUGACCCUGUCAAGCCGAUGCCCAUUAUCAUCCGCAAUGAUCUCAGCAACGAGACAACCAGCACGAUAGUUUCUUAUCCCGUUAACGAAGCGCGUUGUAUUGGUGAGGCAGCCGCCUCCAAACAGAUCACAAGAGUGAAGGAAACGGUUGUGGAUCUUGCGCAGUGGGUUUUUGCAUACAGCGCAGAAGACACACCUAACAACACGUGCGAUUCGGAGUGCACAACCGAGGGUUCGGGGGGAAAUAUUUCCAGGCGAACUAUCGGAGAAACCGAGUUCCACCCGGCGCAGGUGGCGGGCCAUUACAUUAAAUCCAUCCUCGGGUUUGCCCCUGGCGGCUACGCGGGCCAAUAUCCGGUUUGCUUCUCGGUACCGCCAGCACUAUCAGCGCCAGGGAUGGUUGCACUCCGUCAGGCUUGUCUCCUAGCCGGAAUCCCGAAGCCACUGACCAUCUUCGCCCCAAGAGACGAGGCAAUCGCCAUCUAUUUUCAUCACAUGCAAUAUGGCAACCUGGAUGAAGAAAUCCCUUCCCUCGUCGACAUUGUCGAUGUGGGCCACGCUGGUGCAAGCGUAUGUGUGUUGUCUGUGACCAAACAUACAAUAAAGAAGCUCGGCAUGCACUCGAUUAACAUAGGGAGCAGCUUUAUUGAUGCAGCGCUGUGCGAAUAUAUUGUUAAUGAAAUCGAAAAGAAACAUCCUCAAUGCCUGUUUUCUGGUGACCCUAAGAUGUGCCGAAGAAUCUUACGUGAAUGCAAGAAAGUGAAGGAAACCCUAUCGACAAUCGAUGAAACCAAAAUACAGCUAGAGGGAUUAAAGGACGAUAUUGAUUUUGUGCUACCCAUAAGUCGCUCCUUUGUGGAGCAAUGCGCUAUACCAUUCACCAAAGACCUCAAGAAUAUGCUUCAGGAAGCAAAGAAAAUCAUGUCAAUCUCUGCGCAGGCAGAUGAGGAAAAUAAGCCGGAUACGGUUGUAGGGCCGCGAGUUGAGGUUAUUGGCGGAGGCUGGCGCUUUCCAUACAUAUCAGAUCUUAUUAGACAGCAACUGGGGGUUUCGCGUUUAGGUGUGUCCCUGGAUGCAGUGAUGGCAAUAGCUGAAGGGAGUGCGAUCCUCGCAGAGUUGCGCUCCCACUCUGCUGCUUCCUCGGCUUCAGUGACUGAAAAAUGUGAAAAUACGGACAAUGAGGAAGCGGGUGAACCGAAGCAAGGUGAUGACAACAAAGAGGCUGUUGUGGUACCGGCCAGUGAUCGGAAUCCCGUUCAUGACGUCAAUCUUUUGAACUUUUCACAAGAAAGUGACCUGGAGCCACUUUCCUCCGCGGACGAAGUGGCGGUGGGGCAGUGGGCCAUUAUUGAGGCGAAGCUCUCCGCCACCGAUGCCGUGAUCCACGAACGUCUCGACGCCAUAAACCAACUGGAUACGUACGUUUUGCAGACCCUCGAUACGGUUGAACACUCUGAGGCCGACAAUGCCACCAAGGAUGCCGCGCGAUCGUAUUUGUACAAUAUCGAUGAAUACGUUCGAGCCGAGUGCAAUGAUGAUGAUAAGGAUACUAUUCUAGCUAAGCUGACUGAAGUCAAGGGGCACAUCGAGGAGAAACACACGGAAAUUGCCAAAUAUCAUGAAAAGGUCCGUGUAGAGGCAAAGAAGAAGGAGGAAGAACUCAUCAAACUUAGUCAGCAGCAGAGGGAGGAAGAGACAGAACUGAAAAGCGACCCCCAACGCCUUCGCGUGGCGCAAAAGCGUCGGGAGCAAGGGCAGAGCCUUUUCAAGCAAGAGUGCUGGCAAGAGGCCCAAACGCGUUUCGUGCAGGCUUUAGCUAUUUUAGGCCAGCUUUACGACACCAGCAGUGAGGAAAACAAAUCCAAAAAAGAUGAAAUUUCCCUAUCCUGUCACCUCAAUAUUGCCUCGUGCAGCGUAAAGCUUAGCCUGUGGAGGAAUGUGGUCAACAACUGCACCAGCGCGCUGGAGCUGUCCCCGAAUCACCCCAAGGCGUUGUUUCGUCGCGGCCAGGCGUACCGGUCGAUGAAGGACUUUGAGGCCGCGUUGAAGGAUCUCGAGAUGGCGCGGGAGUUCAGUAAGGACGAUCCUGCCGUCGUUGCGGAGCUCACGCAAGCCAAGAAGAGCCUUAGCGCGCAGAAGGCUCAGGAAAAGCGGAUGUUUUCCAAAAUGUUCUCGUAA